AUGGGUUUCUGGAAUCUGUUUAAAGGUAAAGGACAGUCUUCAGGCCAAACAGGUGGCACUGGUAGUGGUAAUGCCAGAGGCGGUGGCAAACCUGUCAGUAAAGUGCAAAGUAAAAUAUCUUCUGUGAAUAGUAAAACACAAGUAAAGAAGACAACAUCGAUGUCAUCAACAUCUUCGACAUCUAAAGCACCGGUAAAGAAGACAGCAUCGACAAUAUCGACGUCAUCGACAUCAUCAACAUCUAAGUCACCGGCAAAAGUGGUCAGACCGGCACCAGUUAAAACACAGCCGGUUAGAGGUGUAUCAAAAAUACGCAAAACUAAAUCAGUAGACUCSUUAAACAACGCAUCGCCAACUAAACUAAAGGAGCACUUUAGCUCUAGACUCACAUCAUUGAAUGGUCCGCUGGUCGGGGARAUAGUAUACGAUGUCUGCGCUUACGUUAUACACUGUCCUAYACACCAGAAGAUARUCGUGGCCCAAGAGGUCAAAUCCAAGUAUAUWUGGUUGCCGUUUGUCCAUUUGCCGCCCACCCGCACCUGGAGCGAGGGUGCUUAUGACGGCGCCAAUAUAGUACUGUCCAACGGCGACGCUCGGCUGUUCAAAAAUCUUAUGGCAAAACCGGCUUUCGAUARGUUCAGUUGUAUGGAGAUAUUUCGGUUACAAUUACCGCAGACACAGAAGUUUAACAUCAGACUUAUCUAUUACGUACGGGUGACCAACAAAAAUCCCGCUUUCAAAUGCUGCAAAAAUACUGGCCGACUUCAGUGGUUAAGUGUAUCGGARAUUAACAAUAGUAAGAUAAAGACCAAUCUGUGGGGUCCCGAAGUGAGCGAAUUUUCCGCUCUGAUCGGCGCUAAAAARUUGAGUCCGAAGAUCAAUGAAAUCAGUUUAGACAAAGCCUUUAUGUAUGUGCCGCGCGAUCCGCCCAGAAAUCUUGAGGAAGAGAUGCUUAAGUCGACUAACUAUUCAGAGAAAGAUAUCGAGCGGUUGUAUACCGAUUAUACCGAACACUGUUUCCCGGCCUUUGCAAUGACAUUGACCUCAUUUAGYGAUUAUAUGUCGAAAUACGGCUUCGAAAAGAUGGACAAAAAGCUUGAUCUCUUGUUUCGAGCCUUCAAUUACCAAAAAACAGGUUAUUUGGAUUUCCAUGAAUUCUUGUUGGGUCUGACCUCCAUUGACCCAAUGGCCCAAAAUGGUCAGUCGCGGAUCAAAUUCAUUUUCAAGUAUUUYGAUUUGGAUGCAGACGGUUAUCUCAAUAAGAAAGAAUUYACUUCAAUGGUCAGCGAAAUCUAUCCGCAAGARAAGGGAGCGGCCAUCGAAAAGAAGGUCAUUGAGAGUAUGAAAGCGAUUGGUGUCCGAAAAAAAGGUGUCUUCUUUGAAGACUUCAAUAAGGCUGUCGGUGCCCACAAGUUUCGCGGCACUCAUGGUUUGUGUCGAUCGAAUAGAGCUAUUGUCCAACAAAUUUCUCGGUCAAUGGCUAACCGAACKCUGACCAAAGCCACAACCAAACAGACAUUUGAGACCGAAAUGUUCAAACGUGUCAAAUACGAUGGCGUGUGCGGGUCGUGUAGAGACAAAAAAUACAGUUACGCCAUACAUACGAUGCGACUGGACAUAAGAGGUCAUUGGAUAUCGUCCACAAAGUUACCUGAAAUCGAUUCAAUUGACACUUCUUCGUCUGGCAAAGAAAAAUCCAAUUCAAACAAAAUGUGUAGUGUUUUGGGACUAACGAACAACAAGUUUUCAAUAGAUGUCGUGUGGAACCAGAAAUCAAUGGCCAAUUAUUUCAUGAAAAARAUACGCGAGUUUAACCAAACUAAAGGUACGCAUARGGAUAAAAAGGGACUGUUGUAURKCAAAGGGGAAAGGGAGSCAUUUGUCAAACAGUUGGGCGAGUUUUGUGCACAGAUGGAGAAAAUAGUSAGUCAAGAUGACCGAUGCGCUAAAGCMACUUCACCCGCAUUCAUCAUCGGUGACAUUCACGGCAAUCUCGAGGAUCUGAUGACAUUGGAGAGAGUGUUGUGGAAUAAUUUUCCACUUGURUCGGCCAACUUUGUAUUUCUCGGUGAUUAUGUCGACAGAGGACAGUGGGGUUURGAGUGCGCSCURUAUAUMAUGUGUAUGAAGAUGUUGGCGCCGGGAAAAGUCGUUAUUUUGAGAGGUAAUCACGAGGUAAGGGAACUGCAGCGACAUUACACAUAUUACAARGAAUGUGUCCGMAAAUACGGCGAUACUCUCGGAAAGAAUGCYUACGAGAUGACCAAUCGGGUGUUYGACAAACUUCCGUUUUCGGCGGUCAUCGACGAUGCCAUCUACUGUGCYCACGGAGGUAUACCGAGAGACACACGAAUGAUUGAUGACAUUAACAAACAGAAGAACGAUUUGCGUAAUCCGGAAACAGAGUCRUCCAUUGCGUGGCAAAUACUGUGGUCGGAUCCGUGCAAUCAGUUACAGUUCAACGAGUCGGCCGAAYUGCAGGGCAUUAAACCAGAGACUACAAAGGGAUUCAUACCGAACCAGAAAAGGGGAACAGCUUUUCUGUUUGCCGAAGACGCCAUCAACAACUUUCUGCAGAACAACGGYCUCACUCAUGUCGUCCGAGCGCAUGAAGUGCCGGCCAAAGGGUUCMGAUUUGAUUUCGGCARCAAAUGUACCACAAUCUUCAGCUGUUCUCACUAUUGCGGCAACAAUAACGAAGCGGCYGUCRUUCACGUGGACAACGAAAAACUUCGUAUUAUACGUCUCGAUACUGUCAACAAUGCACCGGCCAGUGAUUGA